AGAGGAGCAGGGAAGCGCGAGAAAGUGAAAGAGAAAAGUCUUGUGGAAGAAAUAUUCCAUUCCAGAUGGCAGUAGGCGAGUUCUUUUUCACUCCGUUGGUUCUCUUCAUUGUUCCAAAAUAUUGCCACGAUGAAUUUUUCGUCAACUUUAACUUUUUCCACGUUGCUUGUCUGAAGAUUGCACUCAGCAAAUGCCUUGGAUAUAUUAUUGUGCUUUUAGCUCCGAUCAUCAAGUUUCCACAGAUACUCAAGGUCCUACGAGCAUCAAGUGUGGAGGGCCUCAGUCUGGUGGGCUUUGUCACAGAACUGGCAACACAAACAGUAACAUUCAGCUACAAUUCAGCCAGGGGAUUCCCAUUCAGGUCAGUUUCUCAGAUCACGGAAAACUUCCGCAAUGGUCACACGGGUCAGUUGUCAUUCAUUAUGGUACUUCUGCUAUUGUUUACCCACGCGGCCCGUAUCUUCACUACAAUGCAAGAGACUGGGGACCAAUACAUUCUGGCUAUUUUCACCCUCUCGACCGUAUUCAACAUUACCAUGGUUACACAGAUUUUGUAUUAUUGGAACGCAACCAUUGAUGCCCAAAAGAAGAAAGAGUAGGAAACACCUAGUGUUUUGAUUCGCUCGAGAAUAAUCUAGGAAAACUUUAUUUUCAUUGCUAUUAGUGACUACGAGAAGUCCCUCCUUUUCGGCGAAGUCCGUCGAGCGAAAAAAAUUUGAUGAUUGCAUACCGCGGGGAGCUCUGUCGAGCACCUCGCUCCCAGGGCUCUCCGCGUCGCCUCAACAUCAAUUUUU